GUCCUCAAACUCGCACUCGGAGAAGCCUGAUUCUGUUCGACUGCCGUAACGUUUGCACUUCUUUGUCGAUCUUUAAGCCAUUUUCCAACGAUGUCGUCUGGACUCGAGUCGGGUUUCUCCAGUGAGGAGGUGCUGAGCAGCCGGUUCCCGCUGCACCGGGCUUGCAGGGAUGGAGACGUCGGCGCCCUGAGCUCCCUGCUUCAGUGUAUCACCAGUCCGGCUGACCUGGCGGUGGAGGACACCUUCUACGGCUGGGCUCCUUUACACUGGGCCGCACAUUUUGGAAAGCUGGAGUGUGUGAUGCGUCUGGUGCAGGUGGGCUGUGGCGUGAACGCCGUGACCUCCAGGUUUGCUCAAACACCAACUCACAUUUGUGCAUUUGGAGGCCACCCCCAGUGCCUGUCGUGGCUCCUCCAAGCUGGUGCAGACAUAAACAGACAGGAUUAUGUGGGCGAGACGCCCAUCCACAAGGCUGCUCGAGCAGGCAGCCUGGAGUGCAUCAAUGCUCUCUUGAUUCAGGGGGCAAAAGCUGACAUGAGGAAUGCCAGUGGCCUGACUGCUGCCGACCUGGCACACGCCCAGGGAUUCCGAGAGUGCGCCCAGAUUCUCUCCAAUGCCCAAAACUUCCAACAAAACAUGGCCCAGUCACAAAACGGCACUUUCCUGAGCGGCACCACCCAGAACGGGGGCCACACGCAGCCGACAAUCCAGGGCCGCAGCCUCCUGAAUGGCCUUCCCAACAGAAAGAGGUCGUUCGAUGGCCAGGAGCUGAACCCUGUGAAGAAAGCCCGAACAAACGAAUUGCAGAAUGGCGGCAGUCCACUGGGGGGCAAUGGAGAGCCACGCAUCGACAGCAUCAACAUUGAGUUUGCAGCGACGGUGACCUCAGGUCUGGGCCUGGCGGCAGAAAUGCUAAACGGAAACGGACCACUGGGUGGCAGUGGUGAGCCGCUCCUGGACAGCAUCAGCAUGGAGUUUGCCGCGUCCGUGACCUCAGGUGGGCCCGGAUCCUAUGACUUUGGACAUAAUGGAUUUUCUCAACCACCCGUUGUAGGGUCCAUGGAUCAGGGCGAUCCAAGUUUGAUCCGUGCCAGUAAAGAGCUGGAGGUCAUUACUGUGGCCUCCAUGCAGACCCCCUGCCGCUGCACCAACUCUUACGCUUAUCUGUAACCAGCUCCGGCUUGUUUGUAGAAGCCGCGCUCGGCUCUUCAUUCUUGUUCUCUUGAAACAGAUGUUGGGAUCUUGUGCUUCAUGACAAUAAGCAGUGGAAUGUGUCUUAAGUGUGUCUGAGCUUGUGUGUAGUCGUGCAUUCACUCGAUUUAUCAAAGUCAAUUUAAAUGUCUCCUCAGUCCAACAGGUAUGUUCGUAUGAUGAACACAUUUCUGGGCGUCUCUCAUGUAACAGUGGUCUCUGUCUGUCUGAUGUAUUGUGACUGAGGCCAUGUGUUUUUGACAGUUCUGAUUACAGCUGGCUACGACUGUCGACAACUAUUUCAGUGCCAGUGUGUAGUAACAGUAAUCUAUCAAUACAUUGUUGUAUAAAACUGUACCUUUCUGAACCCUUUAACUGAAAGAAAUUGGAUUUUGUAUGGAUUCAUUCUCAAAGAGUUUUGGAAAUUUUCACAGACUUGUUUGUAUGUAAGACGCCAAAGCGAUGUGAAUGUAGCUUGUAAAUAAUCAACAUCAGUUUCAGAACAAAUGUGUUGUUGCUCCACGGUCUCACCUUGUGUUGAGCCUUUUCAAUGCCUCGGUUCAAUGGUGGGAGAAGGUGUCGCUUUUCAGUCUGGAACAAAACUACAGUUUUGACUUCAAAAACAAAAAACUAAAAAAAAUGCCUUACUGUUGCAGCAUUAUUGUUCUGACCCCAUAAGGGAAUCUGUUCUCUUUCCAAUAUGUGGAUGUCUGUUUUUGCUGAGUGUUUUGGAAGUUGUUUGCGAGAUGAUGCAAGUUCAUUAAAUGUUAAUUUUUCAGAAUAAGCUUGUGACUUUGUUUUACAUUUUGCGCCUUGUUCACACUUGGCUCCAGUGCAGAAUCAAUUGGUUCUGCGAAAUAAGUAACUUUCCCGCUAGACGCAGAUGUAGGUCAGUGUGUCGUACCAACCCAAUGACACAAGCCCAGAUAAGAAUGUGACCCAUUUUUUUGAAAAAGGGUCAACGAUCAUACGUUUUGGAUUACAUAAGGAUCCAUGACAUAUUCAGUCUAUACAUCUGUGUGGCCUAACCUCUCGUGUUCUCUCAGAUUUCGAAAGUAUGUGAGUAUAUCUGUGAACAUGUACAGAUGAGUCUCAUGCUCAUUCUUACGCAGGUUUCUUUAUUUUCCAGUGUGUGUGCCACUAAAUGACCAAACUUUACUUCCGUUUGUGUGCAACC